AUGGUUCUGGGUAGAGUCAUUACAGCAGCUCAGCCCGUCGCCCGCCUUUCGGUCAUCGCUUCGGCCCGGCUCCGAGCUCGCGCCAUGGCCUGCUCUGCUGUAGUGCCCGACUCCCGCUUCCAGAAGGUCCAGAUUCGCAGGGAAGAUGCAGUGAGUAGCGUCCGCCCCCACUUUUUCCUCCGUCCCGCUGCUAUGUGGCAGUGGUUUUCUCAAUCGCCGGUGCUUGUCGAGGGAUCUGGUUUCUGCGUUUCUUCGCCUGGACGGCUCUGGAGAGUGUGCCGGGAAGGGUUUCGACAUUGCCGAUCUGAAUGCUUGUUGCGCAGGGGAUUGGAUGAAAUAUGAAGGAUCUCUUGGGUUUGACCUUACCGUCGCAUGCAUUUCCCACUCGCCGGCAUGACGAUCUUCGUUCUUGGGUUAUUAGAACUUGUUCUGAAUGUUUUUUUCUAGUGCGCGCCUCCGGGGCAUGCUCUUCCCCUCAUUGCCAUAUCGAAACAUGCUGCUUCCGCUGCCUGAGUUUGAAACCUGGGUGGAGGAUCAUACUCUCCAAGAAGGUUUUUUUCUUCCUUCUUUUGAGGAUUUUUUCGAUUUGGAGUACUAUUUUCUCUGGACCCAGUUUGUGUAUGGAUUAAAAAAAAAAUCAAUCUACAUUUUGAUUCUAACCAUUCAUCUUUAACAAAAUCUUCAUCUUGAUUACUUGCGGUAGAAAUCGUGCUUUAAUCAUUUUUUUUGGGGAUUCCUUUUCGCCAUUCUCUGGCCAAAGACUUUGUUUACAGUACAAAGGAAGAGAUAUUUCCUGUCACGAUGAUCUUGAUUAUCUCUCUCGUCGGAAUUGAGAUUGGGUGCGAGAUUUUUCUUCAAUCAGCAUCAAAGCACUUUCUAAUACUUUUUAUAAUGUAGGUGAAAGAAAUUCCAUGGAUACCAUUGCUUCUUCUUCUUCUUCUUCUGAUUACCCUUCUUUCUCCUUGGGAGUUGAUUGUGUCCAAGAGUAUAUUAAAAUCCAUGUAGAAAGUGGGAUGCUCGCUUAAAUUCAAAGUGCGCAGUAGCAAGAGUUACUGUAAUUGGGCAUGAGGAAUCAGAGGAAUUGGAUUGUUGUCAAGUUAUUCUGGGAUAGAUAAAUGGAAGAGAAAAAAACAGAACGGAUCGCAGAUGCUUUUGUGUUUUCUUAAUUUUUACAAACUCAAACAUUAUUUUCGGCUUUGGUGGGUCGAUCUUCUAGAAUCCAACAGCUUUUUACCAUCUUAUUUCACCUUUUCCUGGCAGUGGGCUGGGAUUUUUAUUUAUUUUCCUUUUUCAUUUCUUUUUCAGACAUUUGAUGCAUACGUGGCUGGGAAGGAAAAUGCCCCAGGAAUUGUUGUAUUGCAAGAGUGGUGGGGUGUUGACUUUGAGGUCAAGAACAACGCUCUGAAAAUUGCCAGCUUGGAACCAGGUUUCAAAGUGCUUAUCCCAGAGUAAGAUCUCUUGCAGGGCUUUACGUCCAUCUCCCCCCCAGAUUCAAGUUCUCACUGCAAACGAUUAUCUGCACUUCCUCUACAAAACGAUUAGAAAGCGAUUAGAGUAAAUUUCUCAACCAUGCUAGAAAAUGUGCCUUUGAUGGCAUAUUGAUCGAUCAUUUAUAAAGUGUCUCUUUCCUUCUUUUUUUUUUUUUUUUUGCUAACCCUCGUUAUUUUCCUAGUUUUGGUAAUUUGUCUGGCAAGAUCCAUCUCUUAAGCCUAGGCCUCACUUUGCCUUUCAUCAGCGUUUGAUUUUUUAUUUUUUUUAUUUUUUAUUUCAUAAAAAACCUUGCACAACAGCUUGUAUCGUGGAAAAGUUGGCCUGGAUGUUGCUGAGGCGCAGCAUUUGAUGGAGGGCCUCGAUUGGCAAGGUGCUGUGAAGGACAUCCAGGCUUCAGCCGAAUGGCUCAAGGCAAAUGGCUCCCAGAAAGUAAGCCUUCUUCACACUCGGGUUCUGUUCCUAAACAUAGUAAGCAAAUGUUUGGGCUGCUGGUGGCUUGUAGUUUGACUGAACUCUUCGCCUGUGCCUGCCCGAUGGGUCAGAUGGAGAAAUCUUUCCCUUCGUACACUGUUGGAGCCAUUGGUUUCAUCCCUUCAUACACUGUAGGCUGAUGGUGGGCCAGAAAAGGCAUCAAAGAGAAGCUUGAAGAUGAGGGUAUCGAAGGCUCCAUGAGCUUAGAUUUGGCAAACAUUGCUUGAAGAUUUUGAAACGUGAAUGGGAGAACUGACUGAACUUUAGGAGAGUUGUGGAGUUUGCUCUUCUCUCUGCAAUGUAUACUCGUGGGAAAACACAUCUGGGCAAGGAUAAGCUACUCAGAUCUCAAAUAGGCCAUCCGAUCUACUCCCAGGAUCAGAGAGAAAUGCCCCGUUUUCACCAGUAUUGGUCAUGACAUUCACAUUGGGGGUAAAGAUUGCAUGAAAGCAAGACCCAUCAGUGGUCAACUUCAGUUGUGGGUACAUUGAGUAAUUGAUGAUUGGGCUCGGCGAUGACAUCAAUGUUUACCAGCAGCGCCAGGAAAGAGGUUGGUAUCAUGAUCGACGGAUCUAUGAUCUGGUGAGCUACCCUCAAGAAAGAGGUGAUUUCUCUUCGCCGGGCACGAGCUGCUGAGUGCCUCGUUUCUUAGAUGAUGAGAUGCCUUUACCAGUGAUAUAUGAAUAUGAUGCUCUGAUUUUUUGUGAUGGAAACCUGCUGGGAGUGCUGUUAUGAAGCUUCUAUGAAAUCCUUUUUUGUCUGUAUUACUUCCAUUUUUAGUUGUAGUCCUUGCUCCCUUCAUCUUCGCAUCAAUAUCUCAGUAUGGCUAAUUCAGGGUCCGACAUUGUCUUGGAGAGCAGGUGGGCGUGACGGGGUUCUGCAUGGGAGGUGCUCUGUCCAUCGCCAGUGCAGUUCUGGUCCCUGCAGUGGAUGCUGCUGUUGCUUUCUAUGGGGUUCCUCCCCCUGAGCUCGCCGAUCCUUCUCUGACUAAGGCUCCCAUUCAGGCCCACUUCGGAGAGCUCGACAGCUUCGUCGGCUUCUCAGACAUCACCGUAUGGAUUCUCUCCCCCACCCACCGCCUCCCUCAUUGACUCUGGUCUUUUUAUUGGCUCCAACUGAGUAAGCAGUUGACCUUGUUGGGAGGUCAGCCUGUUGACUAUAUAAGGAGGAUCUCAUAAGAGCUGCCCUCCCUUAUAUUCAGAUCUUUAUGUACUUCUUGACUUUCCCAUUUCUGCAAUUCCAACAUUCUUGGGGAUGUCCUGCGUCAGCUUCACAUUGGAUUUACUAAAGUUUUGGGUUUUGCAGGCGGCAGAGGCCCUGGAGGAGAAGCUGAGAUCAGCAGGUGUCCCUUCUGAAGUGUACCUUUAUCCGGGCUGCAGCCAUGCCUUCUUGAACGUGUCCGAGGAGGGAGUGAAGAGGAGGAAGGGGAUGGGUCUGGCGGAUGAGGACCCUGAGGCAGUGAAGCUGGCAUGGUCCCGCUUCAGCUCAUGGAUGGGAAAGUACCUGUCGCCCUGA